AUGUUAGUCGUUGACGAAGAAAAGCAAUUAACAUCCUCGUCGCUGCUCGGAGUUCUGGAAAGUACUUGUUUGUGCAUGUGGAAAUUUGUAUUCGUCUACAACAAUCAAAAAAUUUUACAUGGUGAAACACCAUCAAAUACUUGCUUAACACUUGGCGGCAGUAAAGAAACGAGAGAGUUGGUAAUAACUGCAUUGAAGCCCAUACGCUUUGGGUAUCACAUCCACCCAUUAAGCCAAUCAACAGCAGCCAGCUGUCUGGUGGUUGUGAGAAUGGGUGCUACAGCAGUCGUUUCGGCUGUGGCGGGCGUCACCGCUGUAGUCACAGUUAUGUGUAUGAUUACAGUAGGAUAUCUGAUCAAUGAUAUCAACAACUUCUAUGACGAUGCCAUCGAGGACCUUGCUGACUUCAAGGACGUAGCCAACUCUGCCUGGCACGAAAUGAGGCCGACACCAUACGAUGCACUCCGUCAGCCACGAGCUGUGCGUAACCGACGUCAAUGGCCAGAGCACUGCAACUGUGGUCCACCAGCCUUGAAUUGUCCACCAGGUCCACAGGGACCACCUGGAGCGCCGGGAGAGGAUGGAGAGCCUGGUCCUCCAGGUAAAGAUGGCAAAAAAGGAAAUGAUGGCAUUUCCAUACAUCCUGAAGGAAAGGGAGCAGGCGGGUGCAUCAAAUGUCCACCUGGACCUCCCGGACCACCAGGACCAGACGGACCUCCCGGACCUCCCGGACCCGAUGGACCUCCAGGAACAGGCGGAGGACCAGGAGGACAAGGACCUCCUGGCCCACCUGGACCCGAAGGAGAUCCAGGACCACCAGGACCAGAAGGACCACCUGGACCAAAAGGAGAAGAUGGAAAAUCUGGAGAAAAAGUGGUUGGAGUACCAGGCCCCCCAGGACCACCAGGACCAGAAGGACCACCUGGACCUCCUGGAGAACCAGGCACCGGCACCGCUGGCGACCAACCUGGACCACCAGGCCCACCAGGACCACCAGGAAAAGAAGGACCUCCCGGUCCAGAUGGACCACCAGGACCUCGUGGACCAUCUGGAGCACCUGGAGGCGACGGUGCCUACUGUCCUUGUCCUCCUAGGAGUGCUGCACUGGCGGCAGCAAAAGAAGCCAAGAGUGAAGCAGUGACCACUCUUACUGCUUCUUCCGAAAGUUACAGCAGACGACGACGUUCCGCAAGAGGAGAGCUGGAGACAGAAGACUAA